AAUCACCGAAUCCGGUGGCGGUCGCAAUGCCAAUGUCAAUGGCAAUGCCGGCGAGUGCUAAUCUUCCAAUCGUCUCACAAGUCACUGUUCCAUCAACAGCAAACCCUAUUAGUGUAUCACUCAAUAUAAACCCUACAAAUCCUUUUCCAUCAAACCCAUUUCCACCACCACCACCACCACAGCCGGUGCCCGCAACAACCACCACAAUUCCAAACCCUAUAAAUCUUUCUCAAAGUACUCCAAUUCCAUCGUCUCAUCCGAAUAUGUCUUCAAGUUUUGCAUCUAUUUCGUCGUCUUCUUCAACUUCAUCAGACGAAGAGCCCGAGAGGCGGGGCAAGAGGAAGAGGAAAUGGGAGAGCUUUUUCCAGAGGCUAAUGCAGGAGGUGAUUGAGAAGCAAGAGGAGAUGCAGAAGCAAUUUCUGGAGACAUUGGAAAGCCGCGAACGAGAUCGAUUGGCGAGAGAAGAGGCUUGGAAGGUACAAGAAAUGGCUAGAAUGAAUAGAGAGCAUGAUCUUUUAGUCCAAGAAAGAUCCAUUGCGGCUGCGAAAGAAGCUGCUGUGAUUGCAUUCUUGCAGAAAGUGUCUGAACAACAAAUCCCGAAUGUGCCCCAAAUUCAAAUGCAGAUGCAAGUACACACCCAAGAAAAUCCCAUCCCACCACCAGCAGCAGCAGUACAACAACCACCACCACAACCACAACCACAACAACCAGCAGCAGUACAACCACCUCCACCAAUAGUACAACCAACACCACAGCCGCCACUCCAACUACAACCACCAAUACAAUCGUCUGCAAAAAGUCUUGUUAAUCCCAAAACUGAUAAUGGAGGUGAGAAUUUAGCCUCGCCGAGCUCUUCUAGAUGGCCAAAAGCAGAAGUUGAAGCUUUGAUUAGUCUUCGGACAAAUCUGGAUCUCAAGUACCAAGAAAACGGACCCAAAGGGCCUCUGUGGGAAGAAAUAUCAAAUGCAAUGUGCAAAAUCGGAUACAACAGGAACCCAAAGAGAUGCAAAGAGAAAUGGGAGAACAUAAACAAGUACUUCAAGAAGGUAAAAGAGAGCAACAAGAAGAGACCCGAGGACUCAAAGACUUGUCCAUAUUUUCACCAGCUUGAUGCUCUAUACAAAGAGAAAGCAAAGAUUGAUAAUAGUACGAAUUGUUUCAAUCCUGGUGGUGGGUUUGCUGGUAUAAAGCCUGAAAAUCCAAUGGUGCCAAUAAUGGUUCAACCAGAACAACAAUGGCCACUUCAACAAGAACAACAACACCGGCCCGAGGAAGAUCGCGAUAGCGAAAAUAUUGAUCAAAACAAUGACGAUGAUGAUGAUGGAGACGAAGAUGAUGAUGAAGAUGAAGCGAGUGGUUAUGAGAUUGUAACAAACAAGCCAUCUUCGGUGGGGAUGGUUGAGUGAGUAAGUGAGUGAGUGAAUGAGAAAGAGAAGAGAAAUGAGAAGGUCUCUCAAUCGCAAGA